AUGCUACGCUGGCUCCAUUUCAGUAAGAGCCGGGCACUCUACUUUGUUAUAGCCUACGUGACCUACUUGUUGGUGGUGGGGUGCAAAAACGACACCUCCACUGCCUGUGCUCCCACUCAACACACUUGCAAUGUGGCCCGCCUCUUUGUUUACCCGGCGUGGGAACGCCACUUCCAACCACAUCUCGAGUAUAUCGACCAGCAGAUGGGCGUAAUUGAAAAAGUGCUGCCGGUGUGGCGGAAAACGCAUGCCAAGUGGGCCCAGGUCGAUGAGAAGUAUGCUUUGUCGUACACCUUAGACAAGUAUAAGGUGAGGCUGCUCGAUUAUGUUGAUACUUAUUUGAGUCCAGUGUACGACUUUGUGGUCACGAAAAUUGAUUAUGUUUGGGCUCGCAUAUUGCUGUCCUACAAGGGAAGCUACAGUCCUAUCAUCGAGCAUUACUUCAACACCUACAAUCACCAUUUAGUAGAUUCGGUGGAUAACUCUGUGAAUUACGUCAGAAGACACUCUGGAUUAAUUAUUAGCCACACCAGAAAACACACUGGUCGCUUUUUCGAAUUGCAAGUGUGGCCAGUGUUAGGCAAUGCGUGGCAAGUCUUCUCUACUAAUUCCAUUGUUCUAAAGGCUGCGGAACUCACCAGAUUGUCGUGGAUAAAGGCCCAGCUUCAGAUCAUACUCGAGGCAUUGGGAGCGCAGAGUUCGAAGAUCAACACGUCCAUUAGAGCAAAGGCUGAAUUUGUCAAGAGUGAGUUCAAAAACUGGACCGAGUCUGGAAUUUUGAAGCAGAGAAAGAACAGUCGUGGUAUGAGCGACGAUAUGUUAGAUGUUGUUAAGACGAUUUUGGAGGACGUGACCAGCUCUGGAAGCUCUGUUGCUGGAACAGCUACUGAGAAACUUGCUUCCGUGGAGGCCAGAGUCGAGCAAACCUUGGAUGUUCCAGAAACGUCAGAUUCAACAGUAGCUAGAAGCAUCGACGAAGAAUCUACAGAGUCUUCAACCGAGAUUGACGAGGAGACUUUGGUUUCUGAGACGACAGAUGCAGAUAAGGUCGAUGUUGACGCCUCUGCAGAGCCUGAAUCUACUCCUCUGCCUAGUGACGGAGCUGAAAAUGAAGAUUUUGAUCUGGACUCCGAACCCUCGACAGAAACAGUCUGGUUGACAGCGACUGUGUUUGAAUCUGAUGAGUCCGCAUCUCCCCACGAUUCCGAUGACACCGGAAACUCUCAGGAGAUUGACGAAGAGGUUGCGACAGUUAACUCCGAUGAGAUGCAAAACUAUCACUAUACGCCCAAAGCAAUGUUAGAGCAGGAGACUCUAUACUGGAAGUCUAAGGUGGACAAAAUGUUGAAGAUGGCUUACAAUAGUCUCGAGGAGGACAUGUUACCCCUCUUGAAUGCUACAUUGGAUCCAUUGAAAGACGAGAUAUCCAAGAACUUCACCCAGUUACAGAAGGAAAACUAUGAAAGGUAUAAGAGAAUGAAUGUACUCAUAUCGAAGAUCAACAAAGACUUUGAGCACAUGCAAAACACCAACGAAAUCAUUGAACAUCCAGUUGUUGACAGACAGAUCAUGAGAGACGAGAUCCAUGAUUGCAAAGAGGCUGUUGAGCAGACAAUGAAAGAUGCUGAGGAUGCGUUAAACGCCAAGCAUGCUGAAAUCAUCAAAGAUUACUUUGGUGUCGCCCAACAAACCGUGGAUGUCAUUGAGUCCUACGCGGAAACAAUCAUGGCUGAGUUCACUAAAAGACUCCAGGACAUGAUAAAUGUUCUUGAGGCCGAUCCAGUAUAUGAAGACAAAUUUGGAUGGACUGCGUGGAAAGAGAACCAUAAGGUGAAGGAUGACAUCUUCAAGUUCAGAGACAGGAUCUUUGACGAGGCGAACCAGUAUAAGGAAAACCACCGCAGUGGAGUGAAGCCUAGAGGAUUAGAGCCAUGGAUUGAGUACUUGGGAAGCAUUAACUUCCAUAUCAACUUCCUCAUACGAGACAACGAAGAGUACCUUCAAUUAGUGAGAGCUAAGGCCAACGUUGCUUACCAGAUGAGAGAGGCAUUGACAGAGCAGCUUAAACAAGCCAAGGAGCAAGCAGCACAAGAAGCGGCUGCCAUGAAAGCAGCAGAAGAGGCAUCCUUCGAAGUUGAAGAUGUAGCGGGUGAAGACGGUGCCCCUGAAGACGAUGCCCCUCAAUCUGCAAAUGUCAAGGAAUACGAAUCUGCGACGAACGAAACUCGCGUUGUUCCUGACCACAAGGAAGAAUCACUGCAGGACUACGAAACGUCUACUGAGGAAGAGUUGAUGCAAACUUUGCAAAGGGAGGUUGACGAAGCCGUCAACGGUAAGGUUGCCGAAGGGGAAGAGAUGGAGCCCGAGGAAUUGGAGGCCGACUCCAGGCUCUAG